AUGCCCCCCCGGACAGAAUCGAAGACCGCGUCUGAGAAACCCGCCAAAAAGACCAAGUCAUCUGGCUUCGGUGGAAGGAAGAAACUCAGCGCGUUCAACAAAUUCAUGCAAACUGAAAUGGCCCGGUUGAAGGAGGAGGAACCCGACAUGUCUCACCAAGACAGGUUCAAAUUAGCAACGUCCAACUGGAAGACAGCCAAAGAAAACCCGAGGGCUGCUACGUGA